AUGAGCUCGUCGACGAUCUUCGCCUCCAACGCUGUUGCCAUUGUUCCUCUGUCUGCUCUUCUGACGAAUGCGACGGAGAGGGUCGCCGAGCAUGUAAGCAACACGGUUGGAGCCUUUUUAAACAUCAGCUUGGGAAACCUUGUCGAGCUGAUUUUAUUCAUCGCUGCGCUAGCCCACGGUCAUGUGCGCAUAGUCGAGGCCUCUAUUCUUGGCUCCGUGCUCGUCAACUUGCUCCUGAUCCUCGGCUCGGCCCUCUUAGUCGAAAACACGGUCAACAGCGAGCCCACGUACAACGCGGCACAGGCUCAGCUUCUAGCGUGUCUGCUCUUUGUCUCCAUGUUCACCUUCUUGAUGCCGACCGCCUUUGAGUCUACUUUUCAUGAGGAGAGCGCUGCGAGUUCAGCCAGCCUACAAAUGAGUAGAAUAUCUUCUCUGGUUAUCUUGGCGAUUUACAUCGUUUACUUGGUGUACGAGAUACGACUACGACCUCGUGCUGGAGAAGAUCUCCUUGCAAGCCUUGAGGUUGGCCUAGAGAGCAGUCUCUCCACGACAGACCAUCGUCAGCUGCGUGUAUCUUCGUCGCUCCCGCCUCCGGUUCACGUUCACCAUUCUCAGACCUUGUUGCCUCAGACCAUUCGAUUUGCCGAUGAAGAAACAACCCGGCCUGUGGUACAACUCACCUAUAUGGGCAGCAGCCCGAUAAUACUGGAACCCGUGUUGCCGAUUAGCUCCGAGGACAAAGACGAUCACGCCCCCGACUCUCGCGGACGUCAACGCAGCAGCGGUUGCUGCAACAUCGCCGAGUAUGUGACAGUCGUCGCUGUUGCCGCUAGGAACAAGCUGGAUUUGGCCAUUCAUGUCUCGAUUGGUUCAUCCAUACAAAUCGCGCUGUGCGUCACACCCUUGACCGUCAUCGCUGGCUGGAUUCUGCAUCGAGACCUGGCCUUGACCUUUAGCUUUUUCGAGAUGGCCUCGCUCCUGGGGGCCGUCUUGCUCGUCAAUAUACUCGUACUAAGCGAGUCGGGUUCAAGCAUCAAGACCGGAGGGCUGAAGGGCGCCUUGCUGUGCGCCUGCUAUUUUAUCAUAGGACUUGGGGCUUACUUUGCUCCCGAGACCGUUGUGUGA